UUAUAUUUCACAAGGGCCACAAGCUUGUCAAGCUAUAUUGUUAUACUGAUUCUAAAAGAGAAGUCGAAAUUAAAAAAAAAAAAAAAAAAAAAUGAUAGUCACAGGCCCAGGAGAAAAUCAGGCUGAGCUUGAAUCAAAGUAUGACAGGAACACUGAGUUGAAGGCUUUUGAUAACUCUAAAGCUGGAGUUAAGGGACUUGUGGAUGUCGGGUUGGAUAAGAUCCCACGGAUAUUCAUCCAUGAGCAACAUAAGCUUGAUGAGAAUUCAGGUAAAGUCUCCAACUUUGGCAUUCCAAUCAUAGAUUUGGAAGGCCUUGGCAAAGACGCUAGUCUACAUAAUGAGAUUAUAAACAAAGUCCAGUAUGCUUGUGAGAAGUGGGGAUUUUUCCAAGUGAUUAAUCAUGGGAUUCCAGUAAGUGUUUUGGAUGAGAUGAUUGAUGGGAUACGUAGAUUUCAUGAGCAAGAUCUUGAAGUGAAGAAACAGCUCUAUUCGCGUGAUUACACACAAAAGGUGAUAUAUAAUAGCAAUUUUGAUUUGUAUCAAGCACAAGCUGCAAAUUGGAGGGAUACCUUGUCCUGUGUUUUGGCUCCUCAUCCUCUGAGUCCUGAAGAGUUGCCUAAUGUUUGCAGAGAUAUAGUGAUAGACUUCUCAAACAAAGUAAUGAGAUUAGGGGUUACUCUAUUUGAGCUGCUGUCAGAAGCACUUGGCCUCGAUCCAAGCCACCUGAAAGACAUUGGCUGUGCAGAGGGACUUUUUUUCCUUGGCCAUUACUACCCAGCAUGCCCUGAGCCAGAGCUGACUUGGGGCACUAGUGCCCAUUCUGACAGUAGCUUCCUCACUGUGCUCUUACAAGACAAAAUUGGUGGCCUUCAAGUUCUCCAUGAAAAUCAAUGGGUUGAUGUUAACCCCAUUCCUGGAGCUCUAGUAGUGAACCUGGGAGAUAUGUUACAGCUAAUCUCUAAUGACAGGUUUAUAAGUGCCAACCACAGAGUAUUUGCCAAAAAUGUAGGUCCAAGAAUUUCAGUUGCAAGUUUCUUCAGAACACAUCUUCCGCCGGAAAAUGCCUCGAGACUAUACGAGCCAAUUAAGGAGUUGUUAUCAGAAGAAACGCCCCCUAAAUAUAGGGAAACCACUAUGAAAGAGUUCGUGUCACACUAUUACAUGAAAGGGCUGAAUGGAAUCCCUGCACUAGAUCAUUUCAAGCUGUGAAGCCGUGGAUAAUUUCGGUCAGCUAUGGAGCAAUUGGUGAUAAUUGCGGAAUUCAGGAAACUAGUAAAGACAAGACUCAAAGAAGUUCGUUGAUAGCUGGAGCUCAAAUGGUUCAAGUACAGUGGGUAGAUUAAACUUAAAGGGUCUCUUUCUAUUCAUGUACUUCAACUGAUUUACUAGUGGAUCAUUUUAACAAAUCGGGCUACGGAGAGGUUUUUCUGCCAGGUUCUCUAGUUUUAUUCUUCGAUAACAUAUCAUGUUAUCUUGUAUUUGCUCCCUUCUUCUCUUACUACUUGUACU